CAUUGGAUCAGCACUAAUUAGUAGUUUACAAUCACCUGCCAUUAAGGAUGCCCGGAAAUACUAAACCAUCUCAGAGAAAGGGCAAAAGAAGAAAACAGGAUCAUCAAGAACCUGAUGAACCGUUGCAUAAAAGGUCGAAAAACGAUGCUUUCGAUUCGAAUCGCACUGUGCCACCGGGAGUACCAUCUGCAGCGAAUCCGCAAAGCAGCACAAUUGACGCACCUCAGUUUCACAAUGCAGUGGAACAUAAUGUGGGAAGGCCCUUGGAACGACCUACGCUAUUUGCUCCGUCUGUUCCACCAGGACAAGUACUACAAACACAACGAAUGUUUGUUCCAUCCAGAUUUCGUCAUCCAGGAUUACCGAUAAUGAACCUACAAAGCCACCAGAUUCCAGGUCUUCAAAAUAUUCGACCUGGCCUACGACCACAAAUUAUUCCUAGCCAGAUCAGAACACCAACAGGAAUCUACUACGGGCAUAUAGUGGUACAACCGGGCGCCAGCAUCAGACAACCGAUCCCCGUAGUUAUGUCGCCAAAUUUUAACCCUAGGCCUAGAAUCCCGAUGGCAAACGUUCGACCGCACAAUCCAAGAGGACCGGCACCUGUGGUCUUCAACCACCCCGGGUUGAACGUUCCACCAAAUUUGCAACAACUUAGCUACCGUGCUCCAACACCCACAAUAGAUGCCACUCAACCGCAAGAGAGGCCAACCGCUUCAAAGCACGCAGAACGAUACUACCGUUGUACUGAAUGUUUAGAACGCUUUCCGACGAUCACCAAACUGGACAAUCAUCAGCGGAUACACCAAGGGAAACCGCAGGAAAGACGCAUCCUAUGUGCGGAUCCGAAGUGUAAGAGUUUGUUUAAGGACUUCCUGGAAUUGGAUAAGCAUUUUAAGGAGUGUCAUCUCCAAUUGGACUUGGAGUGCGAUGUUUGCGGUCAGAAGUUUAUCAACAGCUGUGAUCUGAAUAAUCAUAAGGAAAGGCAUAAUUGAAAUUGGACGAUUAUUUA